ACCUGAAUUUUCCCUCUUCUGAAUACGAUUCGAUUCAGUUGAGCCACAAAACCCGGAAGAGGGAAGAAGAAAUGAAGCUAAGGUACGCCAUGGUAUGUUCUUCAAACCAGAAUCGAAGCAUGGAAGCUCACUCGCUCCUCAAAAGGCAGGGUUUCGACGUCUCCUCUUACGGUACUGGAGCUCACGUUAAGCUUCCAGGUCCUUCAUUGAGGGAGCCCAACGUUUACGACUUUGGUACUCCGUACAAGCAGAUGUUCAACGAUCUUAGAAGAAAAGACCCUGAACUGUACAAACGAAAUGGCAUUUUGCCUAUGCUUAAGAGGAAUUUGAGCGUCAAACCUGCCCCUCAACGUUGGCAGGAAAAUGCUGCAGAUGGUUCCUUUGAUGUGGUAUUUACAUUUGAAGAAAAAGUUUUCGAUAUGGUAAUUGAAGAUCUCAACAAUAGGGAGCAUCUUCUGAUGAAACCUGUACUGGUGAUCAGCUUAGAUGUAAAAGACAACCAUGAGGAGGCAGCAGUUGGAGCUAGGCUCACUCUUGAUUUGUGCCAAGAGCUUGAAGCAACUGAGUCGUGGGAGGAUGCAAUUGACGACAUUAUCACCUCAUUUGAAAGACAGCACAGGAGGAAGGUUUUAUAUGGCAUCUCCUUCUACUAGAGAUGUCAUGGUUGGCCCUUCUGGUAAUGCAAGUGAUCAACAUCUUAACACACCUAAGGCACAGGCGGAUUGAGGGGUGGGG